UAUACCCGCUAUUUUCUCAUUCAUUCUCUCUAAACAAAAAGUCACAACACUUAUUCAUUGUAUAUUCCUCGGCCCAAGUUACGAUCGCCAAUAUGUAGAGAAGCGAUCCUCCAUAUCAUCUUCAAAGCGCACUUAAAGGUUGGGUAUUGUGGUACGCUUAUUCAGGAGGUCGGUUUCUCUCGUCUCAUUCACCAAGUGAAUGAUUUUGACUGAGGAUCAUUCGACACAGCCAAAAUCUCGGAACGAGGGCGCACACCGCACAGGAAGACCAAAACUAAAACCGGCUGCGUAGGAGCAUAGGCAAAAAAAGAGCAAGGACCAAGGGACCAGGGUCGGACGUCCUAGUUUGAGACUGUUUCGCACCUCUGGUUUCGCACAGAUGUAUUUUCGUCAGCCCAUGAUACCGCUUCUGUUGAGCGGAAAUGCUGUGUUACACGCCAUCAUCGCCCACGUGAUGAUUAGUUCGUUGAAAAAGUGCGGCCAUUGUCUGCUGUUUGCCCAGGUGUUCGAGGUGUCACGUGUCCUUGUUGGCGGCUCGCGGCUGUGGUGCUCUCUCGUUCUGUUCGUGAGCGUAUUUAACCUCGCGAUGAGCACUUUGCUGGUGUUUGAAGAGGAUCAAAGAGGGCUCAUUCGGCCUCCAAGGUUAGUGAGCCGGUUUAAGUCAUGCAUAGCGUUUUUGAACCUCGUCUCAACCAUCUUCAGUGCGUUUUUGGUCAGUUUUGGCUUCUGGGCCUGGUGUAGGUCCUACGUUGUUAACAGCUGCUCAAGAACUAAGGGCAUGGACUGGUACCACUUCAGGCCCAAGUAUUCCGACUGUGGCGAUGGCUAUUUUUGGAUGACAGUUAUGUUGACUUGCGUCUUGUGUGCUUGCUUUUGUCAGUGCUGCCUACGGAUUCUACCAAAAGUAUGGCCAAAUAUCGCCAGAUAACGGCUUUUGAGGACGGAAAUUAUCGUUAUUUUCGUCGACUUGUCAACUUAAAGCUAGAUUUAGAAUCAUAAGUAUUUGUUUUUAUUAUCUGGAUUUUAUAUUUAAUCAACCUGCAUGAGAAAUAUAUGUUACCAUAGAAAGUGUUAAUUUAUAUGUCUUUUAUAGAAGAUAAAUAGAAUGUAUGUGCAUGAUAA